CCCCGCCCCGCCCCGGGGGUCCGUGUUUCUUUAAGGGGCUGCCGGGGCCGCCCCCUCCCCCGGGCCGGGCGCGGAGCGGAGCGGGGCCCCCCUCGCGCGGCUCGCUCCCCUCCGGUGACAGCCUUUCGCCAGAGGCUCUUUUGUUGCGUCCCCAGCCAAUCAAGGCUUUUGACGACACAGUUCAGUUGGGAUAUAAAACCCCGAGUCUUUCUUGCCUCCCCCCCCCGGCCAGCAUCACUAGUUACCGGCUCCCACCCAGCCGGCCCCGGAGAACCUCUGCCCCCAGCACAGCCCCCCCCCCAGCCGCCCGAGCCCCAGGUCCAGAGGCGGGGGGAGGCAGGAGGGGAACCGGCCGUCCAGCCAUGUCGGUGCGCAGGUCCCCGCUCUUCCUGUGCGCCCUGGCGCUGGCCGUGGCGCUGGCCCCGGGGGAGGUGGUGGAGAAAGGGGCCGGCGGCGGGCAGCCCCCCCCGGGGCCCGAGGCGGAGGAGCCGGGCUGCCCCGUCUGCCUGUGGCGGAAGCACAGCAAGGAGAUGAGGCUGGAGAGCAUCAAGUCGCAAAUCCUGAGCAAGCUGCGGCUCAAGGAGGCGCCCAACAUCACCCGGGAGGUGGUGAACCAGCUGCUGCCCAAGGCGCCCCCGCUGCAGCAGAUCCUGGACUUGCACGAUUUCCAGGGGGACGCCUUCCCGCAGGACGAGUACCUGGAGGAGGACGAGUACCACGCCACCACCGAGACUGUCAUCAGCAUGGCCCAGCAGAGUAGGUGGCUUCUUUGUUAAGCGGGGAGCGAGAGG